UAAAAUUUCCAAGUGGCUUCGAGACAAGUUAAAAUUUGAUAAUGAUAUAGUUUGUUUUUCAUUAAAUGUUUUACAACGAUUUAAGAUAUGAAUAAUUCAUUAAACUUAAAAAGAAAUCAAAUAAAAUCCUUAACAAACUUAGUAGACAUUUUUACUCCUAGAAAGUUUCAUAAUGUUUAUCAUACUCAAAAAGGAAAAAAUGUGUAUGUUACACAAAACAACAGAGAUUGUUGCAAUUACAAUAAUAAAAGAAAUUCAUAUAGCAUUGAAUCUACUUUUAUAGAAACACCUUACGUUACAAGUGAAAAAUAUCACGCUUUAAAUAAAAAUAGUAGUGACAAAUCCGUUAUAAGAUCAUCCAGCACCUUUUUUUAUGACUUGGAUACAAUAAUUAAAAGACACUCGUAUCAUUGUAUCCCUCAACUAGCAGUUUUAAGCAAUAAUAUUAAUGUGGGCGAUAAAACCAAUUUAAGUGGAUUUAGUGGUAAAUCGGAAGCUAUUGUUCAAAAAUGUUCCACUUUGAUUCAACCAAAGUUACGUCUACAGGAUAGUUUUCAUAUAAAUGUUAAAAAAGUAAAGAAGAAACGCUUAAAUAAACCAAAACUAUCUUCGGAUAUUUGUCUUAAUGACAACGAUGAUGCAUACUAUGAUGCAAAACUUUUUGCCAAACGUAAACACGAUCGAAAGCAAAAAUUUUGGUCGUACUCUAAAUAUCAUACGGAUUAUGAUAAACCAGAACAAAAAGAAAAAAUAUCGACGAAGAAAGACCGUGGGAAGCGUACUGAAGACCCUUGUCCAUGUCAAUUAUUUUCGUAUGCUUGUCCAUGUACAGAUAAAAAGUCUCUGACUGAACUGGCUAAAAAUAACAAAUGUCUAACAGUAGCCGAUCAAAUUACUAGUACUACAAAAUUUGCGUCAGAUUUGUUAAAACAAAAUAAAAACGGUAAAUUGAAAGUUUCUAAGUGUGAUCAAAAUCAUGGCAGUAAAUCCAUAAAUAUUAACGUUACUGAAACAAUAGAAAAAUGUGAUAUGGAACACAAAACUGUACCUAAACAGAAUGUAGUUAGUAGAACAAGAGUAAAUUACAUUAAAGUUAAAGCUAAAUCUAAAAAGCUCAUAAUUUGUCCAAAAUGUAAAGAAAAAGUUGAAAUUUUAAGCACUACAGAAGAGGAAGAUUAUGUGAAGCCAAAUAACUCUCCUUUAAAUGAGAAUAUUAAUUUGAAAGAAAAUAUUAUUAACAAAGAGAAUAAUGAUAUCUGCAGUCAUAGUCCGCCUUGCGAAAUGAUACCAAUUUGUCAAAUUUUGCCCACUGAAACAUACACAAGUUCGAAAUGUGUAGAAAACGUAUCUACAAUAAGGAAUAAAACAAAAAUGAUAAGAAUAACAAAAGCUUGUAGGCAUCACCCACCAUGCAUUGUUGUGCCGUCCUGUCAAAGAGCAAAUGUUCUUAAAAAUAAUUGUGAAUUUAUACCGCCUUGCUUGCACCACCCUCGAUGUAUUAAUUUGCCUCUAUGCGUGCCUUUUGCUAAAAACUUUUAUUAUGAUGACAUUUUAAAUAAAAAUGAGGAGAUUAUUAGCACUGAUCGUAGUCCAGAACAAAGAUAUAUGUUCGCGAAUCAAGGAGAAUCGCUCAUUACCACUGAAGACCAACAUUAUAACACAACACAGAAUACGUGUGAGUAUUUUAGCGAAUAUUCGCCCAGAUUUUCCUUGAACCCUAAAAUGACUUGCAUAUCACCAACAUUAUCACCUUAUUUUCCUAGUCCAAUGCCAUGUAAGUGUUGUACGGCUAGUAAAUCUUGUCAAUACGAUUGUAUUGAUUGCAAGUGCAUACCAAAUAUUAAUCUAAAAGACAAAGCAAGCGUCGAUGCAAUUGUAUAUAUUAGAGACGUGGGUUGUCAAUUUAGAAAUAAGGUCUUUUCUCCCCGAGAUUCAUUGCUUUAUUCAAAGACAUCUAGCAAUUCAUUUAACUUAAAGUCAAUAAGCAAAACUGGAAAAUAUUCCAAUAAAUUUCAUACUCUACGAUAUGAAGAUAAAUAUACACAUCCUUUUUCUGGCGAAGAAAUGUCUAUGUCAAUUUUUACAACUUCUUCUUUGGAAAUUGAUGCUGAUUGUCCAUCACAUGGGAAACAAACUGGUAGGGUGUAUACUGAUUUUAGUCCAAAAUCAACAGCAUCUCCUUUUGUAACUGUUCCUACAGGUAAACCUUGUACAAAUCAAGUAUUAGCAUAUUACCUACCAGUAUCUAAAAGAAUCAGCCAAAAAGUUACCAAGAAUGAUAGAAUUAAUAGUAUUUCACACGUAAAUGUAAGCAAGACUAAACAUCGAAGAAGCUUAUUAAAAGGAAAACGCAAAAAUGUAUUUACUGUUAGACGACAAAAAAAAUCCAGGCAACGCUCAAAAUAUGCAUGGAAUUCGAGUUCUUAA